AUGUUUACCUCUGUUUAUCAUGUUUACCUGUGUUUAUCGUCCUUACCUGUGAUUGUACAGGAGAAGGCGCGCUACCUGUAUAUUCAGGAGCCACAAGAAGGUCACAGUAAAAAGACUGAAGGCACAAAAUCUCGACAGAGACGCAGCAUCGACUCCCAGUACUACAAGACCUGGUACAACAGAUCUGUGCCGUACAUCUACGACUUCACUUUCUCCGCCCAAGCCCAGGAACAGGUGGAGAACGCCAUCUUUGACAUCCAGAACUCCACCUGCCUCAGGUUCAAGAGGAGGCAGCAGGAGAAGGAUUACAUUCGGUUUAUUCGGCCAGAGACAGGUAGCUGCUACAGUCCCGUGGGUAGGACGGGCGGAUCCCAGGAGGUGGCGCUGGGCGACGCCUGCCUGAACCAUGGCACCAUUCAGCACGAGAUCCUGCACGCGCUGGGGCUCUGGCACGAGCAGAGCAGAAGUGACAGGGACGACUUCAUCCAGGUCAUGUGGGACAACAUUCAGGAGGAGCACCGCACCAACUUCCAACGCCGGAACCUCUCCGAGAGUCACGAGGUUUUCCUCCGGCUGCCCUACGACUACGGCUCCGUCAUGCACUACGCCAACAACACGUUCGCCAAAGAUCGCCGGAAGCCCACCAUCGUGCCCAAACAGGACCUUCCGGUGGGCGUGGUCAUGGGCCAGAGGGUGGGGCUGUCGCGAGGCGACAUGGACAAGAUCAAUGUCUUGUAUAGGUGUGACAUCACCAACUGCUCAUCGCCGGGAAAUCUGACCAAUGGCAGGAUAGAAGGGGCAGACUACUCUGUCGGCUCAAAGCUGUACUACUACUGCAACAGCGGUUACGUCCUCAUUGGUGCUCCGGAGAGAGUUUGUCUCGACAUCGGGGAGUGGUCGGGCCAACAUCCGGUUUGCUUACAGUCGAAUGGCGGGCGCACCUUGAAAUACUGCAGCUUUGACAACCAGACGGCGCCAUUUUGUGGGUGGACCCAGGGCAGUGAUGAUGACCUUGACUGGACUCUACUUGCCGGACCCACGAUGUCCGAGGGGACGGGACCCAAUGUGGAUCACACCCUGAGUACUGUCUAUGGUGUGUACGCCUAUGUAGAGGCCAGUAACCGAAGUCCCAGACAGAAGGCCAGGCUGGUGUCCCCUGUCAUCAACAUGGGCUUCUCCACCACCUGCCUCGUGUUCUACACCUCCAUGCACGGGGACCUGAUGGGGAACCUGACCGUCUACAAGGUCAACCCUGGAAGCAGGAACCCCACAGAAAACAACGCGCUCAUCACGAUAGUCGGGGAUCAGGGGGAGCAAUGGAAACAAGUUUUCUUAGCAAUUGAAGGGAGUAACACCCCUUUUACCAUCAUAUUUGAAGGCGUGUUGGGUUAUGGCUACACCAGUGAUAUCGCUGUUGACGACAUCGUUAUAGGUGAUUGUAACACCUUUAAGCCACUGGCCAU